GGAUAUACUUUAUUCAUGGCAGAACUUAAGUAAUUCAGACUUUUAGACUGAUCUUAAAACUUGGGCCAAGUGGUUGCAAAACACACUGUGCUUACAUUCCUGUGUGACAGUCUUAAACACAUUUAUUAUCAUAAUCAAACUGUCAGUGAUAAAAUGCGGUAUAAAAUGCAGAGUAUAAAAACAUAUUGCCUCACACUACCUAAUACCGUUGCUGAAAAAAUGAAGCCUGUUGCCAUUGUGUUUUUGGCUGCCUUAGCAUAUUCCCCCUUGGUCUCUGGUGAACCUGCAGUCAAAGCGAAUGGCAUUUUUUUAAAUAGACAACAUUACAGUUCAAUAAGUGUUGCUAAUGGAGGACCUUGGGGUACCUGGACCUGGAUUGAUAUGUGCCCAGAACACUUCUAUGCUAUGGGAUUUAGUAUAAAGGUGGAGGAGUAUGGAGGAGCUGAUGAUGACACUGCACUCAAUGGGAUCCGUUUAUAUUGCAUAAACCCCAAUAAUACUGAUAGCACUGUCUACAGUAUUGAGUCUGAUUCUGGAAAGUUUGGACAAUGGUCAAUAAUCACUUGGUGUCCAAGAGGGUUCCUCGUAUCUUUUCAACUGAAAGUUGAAACACCACAAGGAAUUAUAGAUGACACAGCAGCAAAUGGUAUCAAAUUUCGCUGCACCAGUGGUGCAAUCAUAGAAGGAGUUGGUAGCACAUUUGGUGAUUAUGGGGGAUGGAGUAAUACCUGUAUAAGAGGUGGAAUCUGUGGCAUUCAAACCAAACUAGAAUCAUACCAGGGGGCUUUUGUGGAUGACACAGCACUUAAUGAUGUUCGCUUCUUCUGUUGUGACUAAUUUUACGUUGCUAAAUCUUGUAUCUAGGAUCUUC